CAAGCAGUACCUUAGAAUUUAGGAAGAGUACUUGCUAGGAAAUCAAAAUGGCGUCGUCUGUUCUAGCUUUACUUAGUACCCAAAUGCAUCUGAUUUUCUUGCUCCCUUGGCUGCUUGUCAGCGUCAAAUCACAGAUCAUCAAAGAGUACAAUGAAAUGUACUCUUGUCCAAAUACUACUGGUAAUUAUACAGAUGGGAGCAAUUAUCAGUCGAAUCUGAACACCUUGCUAUACAGAUCACUGUACAAUAUCGUUGGCAAUGCAAUCUAUGCAAAGGCCAGUGAAGGAGAAGACCCUGAUAAAGUUCAUGGAGUAUUCCUCUGUAGAGGAGACGUUGCACCUAAAGACUGCCAGAACUGUAUAGACGUGGCAGCUAAGCGGAUCCAGCGCGUAUGUCCCCUCAAGAAACAGGCAAUUAUAUGGUAUGAUGAACGGUGUAUGAUCCGCUAUUCUAAUGUAUUUUUCGCCUCCACGUUCGACGACUCGGUUUCUAUAAUCUUUUAUGGCAGAAAAAAAAUUCCACGGCCAGAACAAUUUAAGGGGAUUUUGAGUGCCAUGUUUGAUAAUCUUACGACUCAAGCUACUUCCAUCAUUCCCAAUCAGAAAUAUGCUGCAAAUUCUGUUGAAAUUAGCCAGUUACAACGGUUGUAUGGCAUGGUGCAGUGUCUACCUGAUUUGUCAGCUUUAGAUUGUCGCGCUUGCCUGAGGUCUAGUUUUUAUCUUAUGAGUAAGAGUAACCAACUCUCUGACGCUAAAGUACCAAAUGGAGGCAGAGUUGUAUAUGCAAGCUGCAGUUUAAGGUAUGACCUACGUCCAUUCUUUAGUCCUGGUGGACGGAGACUGAAAGCACCGCCGCCAUCGACCAGUGGGAGCCAGACUAACGAGGACGAAGUGCUGAAACAGCUCGUUUUAAUUUAA